CAUGCAAGUGAGUCACUCAACAGAUCUUGGUAAAAAUAAUUAAAUAAUAAUAAUAAUUUAAAAACAAAACAAAACAAAAAAUAUAUAUAUAAUACUUAAUUUAUACAGAUUUUGUAUAAAUACCCUCAAAUAACGUAGUGUUUUUACAGAAAAUGUGAAGAUGUUGUCAAUCAUAAUACCAAACAUAAUAGUUUAAUUUAGGAGUCAGUUGCUGAACACAUUUUGUUAAAAACAUAAAAGAAUAGACUUAGUUUUAUGUCUUUAACAAAAUGUGAAGCUUACUACCAGUCUUAUUAUUAAAAUAUAAUUACUUUAUAACAUAGAAAACACAAAGUAUCAACAUGCAAUUUUUUUCUUAUGAAUCCAGAUAUAUCUGUCUUGAAUUCAAUCUUGGAUUCGACUUGAUAGAUUCCACGAAGCUUUGUUUAAAAAAAAAAAGUCACAUAGGAUCAAAUUAUACUUUGCACGUUUUUCUUAUAAAUCUAUAUAUUUGUCUUGAAUCAAAUCUUGGAUUCGACUUGAUCGAUUCUACAAACUUGGAAAUCAAAAAUCUUGCAAUCAAACAAGUUUUGUUUUAAAAAACAAAACAUAGGAUCAAAUUAUUUUUCUUAGAUAUUAAAAAGUAUAUUUGUCUUGGAUCGAUCGAUUCAACAAACUUGUAAAUAAAAAAAAACUUGCAAUCGAACAGCAUGAUAUUUUGUAAAACAAACAAAAACAAAAGAGGUUCAAAUUAUAAUUUGCAAGUUUUUCUUAUAAAUCUAUGUAUUUGUCUUGAAUCAAAUCUUGGAUUCGAUCGAUUCUACAAACUUGGAAAUAAAACUUACAAUGAACAACAAGAUUUUUUGUAAAACAAACAAACAAAAAGGGUCAAAUUAUACUUUGCACGUUUUUCUUAUAAAUCUAUGUACUUGGGAAUCGAAAACACCAUAAUCGCUCCGUUUGAGCCAACUCUCCGUGUUCCUUCCCUUUUAGUCCAAGACACACUUUUACGUGAAUCCCGUUUUGAGGAAUGCAUGCUCGUCUUGCACAAGCAUUCCUGCCUCCUCCUAGACAUCACAUCCGGGUCACUUGGCAGUCAGCGAGUAAGCGAGCGCGCUCCUCCAUACAGUUGCGUACUGCUGCUGCAGCUCUCAGCGCAACUCCACUGCAUGCAACAUGGACACUACGAGCAGCGGCCAGCCGCGGAGGAUCUGAGCGCGCCUCGGGACUCGCGAUACGCCACACCGGGGUAGGGAUGAGGUCCCAUCCAGCAGCCGCACACUGGUAGGCGAGUCGUCAAUUGUCAGCGAUGUCAAAGAGUCUGAAGAAGAAGAACCACUGGACGAACAAAGUCCACGAAGCGGUGCUCACCAGGAAUAAGGAGGGCGAGCUGGGGUUCGACUUGAAAGGGGGCGCCGAGAACGGCAAUUUCCCUUAUUUUGGGGAGGUGAAGCAGGGCAAGGUGGCCAUCCAAAGCGGCAAGCUGUCCCAGGACGAGCUGCUCUUAGAGGUCAACGAUACAUCGGUGGCCGGGCUCACCAUCAGGGAUGUGCUGGCCGUGAUCAAGCACUGCAAAGACCCGUUCCGGCUGAAGUGCGUAAAGCAAGGAGGUGUUGUGGAUAAAGAUCUCCGGCAUUAUCUCAAUCUACGAUUCCAGAAGGGCUCAGUGGAUCACGAGCUUCAACAAAUAAUACGUGACAACCUCUACCUCCGGACUGUGCCGUGCACAACGAGACAGCCCAAAGAGGGGGAGGUCCCAGGUGUGGACUACAACUUUGUGAGCAUUGAACGCUUUAUGGAAUUAGAGAAAAGUGGGGCUUUGUUAGAAAGUGGAACAUACGAAGAUAACUUCUAUGGCACGCCAAAGCCUCCUGCCGAACCCACGCCGAUGCUGUUUAAUGUGACGGACCAACUCUUACCCGGUGCCCGACCAAGUGCAGAGGGAAAAAGAAAGAGGAAUAAGUCCGUCAGCAACAUGGAGAAGGACAGCAUUGAGCCACCAGAAGAGGAGGAGGAAGAGAGCCCAGUCAUUAAUGGCAACGGCAUCGCCAUCACACCAGAAUCGAGCGAACACGAAGACAAGAGCACCGACGCUUCUGGAGAUGUGCCUCUCCAGCCGUGCCCACCUGAGACCCCCACCCUCAUCACCACAGAUGCCCCUGAGGAGGAAGGAGACGCCCCCAAGUCCCCACAGGACUCCCAGGAGAAUGACGAAAUGGGCCCUUUGCCAGAUAACUGGGAGAUGGCCUACACUGAGAAAGGAGAAGUUUACUUCAUAGAUCACAAUACCAAAACGACGUCAUGGCUCGACCCACGACUAGCAAAGAAAGCCAAGCCCCCAGAGGAGUGUGAUGAAGAUGAACUUCCAUAUGGCUGGGAGAAAAUAGACGACCCUAUUUAUGGCAGUUACUAUGUUGACCACAUUAACAGAAGGACACAGUUUGAGAACCCCGUCCUAGAGGCCAAACGAAGGAUGCAACAGCAACAGCAAAUGCAAAGUCAAGGUCUAUCGGCGCUGCCAUUGCCCGCAAUAUAUAGAGAAAAGCCUCCAUUCACGAGGGACGCCACACAACUCAAAGGGACGUUUCUCACCACGGUGCUACAGAAGAGCAACAUGGGAUUCGGCUUCACCAUCAUUGGUGGGGACGAGCCGGACGAGUUCCUACAGGUCAAGAGCGUCAUACCUGAGGGACCUGCAGCCCAAGAUGGCAAGAUGGACACAGGUGAUGUGAUCGUCUACAUCAAUGACAUCUGUGUUUUGGGCACCACCCAUGCCGAUGUGGUGAAGGUUUUCCAGUCUGUCCCUAUUGGACAGAGUGUCACCCUGGUGCUGUGUCGAGGUUACCCUCUCCCUUAUGACCCAGAAGACCCCUCCGCUAGUUCCUCUAUGCCCCCUUUGGGCCUAGUGGAUCACCCGCUGCUGCUCAAUGGAAGGAACAACUAUGAAAAUUACAUGGAGUACAUGUCUUUGACUGGACGCUUAGUACCCGAGCAUGGUGAGGGCCUUCCCCCGCAUCCCCAUCCUGGAGACACACACCUGGACGGCUCUCAGCCUCCAUCCCUGACCACACCGGGACCCCCACCCGAUGACAGCGUUUCCAUGGCGUCUUCCUCAGGUGCAACCACCGGCGCUCAAGUGGCUGCUGAACUUCUGAGUCUCACUAUAACCAAAGGCACAGAGGGUUUUGGGUUCACCAUCGCCGACAGUCCCACAGGGCAAAGAGUCAAACAGGUUCUGGAGCCGCAGGGUUGUCCGGGGUUAUGUGAAGGAGAUUUGAUGGUGGAGAUUAAUCAGAAGGGUCUCCAGGGACUCAACCACACACAGGUGGUGCAGCUGCUCAAGGACUGUCCAGUGGGAACAGAGGCUACGCUUGUCAUUCAGAGAGGAGCAGCUGCAGGCCUCUACACACCCUGGGAUCCCGCAAAACAGUGGGACACUCAAGGAAGCCCCCAGACCAGCUUGUCGGCUGCUUUGCUCCCCCACGGUGCCCCUCAUCCCGGCCAGACGCUCCAUCGCUCCUCUUUUCCGGACACAGAGCCCUUUUACCUGGGAAAGCCAGACCCCUACGACCUCUAUGAGAAGUCACGUGCCAUUUAUGAAAGCAGACAGCCGGUUCCUCCUCGGACGCUGACAGACUCUACAGGUGUGGAGUAUCAGGAAGUGGAAGUGCACCUGCUGCGUGAGAAGACCGGCUUCGGCUUUAGGAUCCUGGGUGGAGACGAGGCGGUGCAGGCUGUGAGUCCGGAGGCCCGUGACAAGAUUGUGAUCGGAGCAAUCAUAGAGAACAGCCCUGCGGAGCGCGACGGCAGACUGCGUCCGGGAGAUGAGCUGGUCUCGGUUGACAGGAUGCCCGUGGCGGGGAGACCACACCGCUACGUCAUCGACCUCAUGCACGCGGCGGCACGAAAUGGACAGGUCACCCUGACCGUCCAGAGGAGAGUUCUGCAGCAGCAGGGAGAGAGAAAACCUUCCGGCCAGCCUUGUGAGGAAAACAGCGCAGCGGCCAAUCAGAACAGUUCUCCCCGGGGUCAUGCAGUGUGCCCGGUCAACUUGCCCCCCACCACUGAUGUAGUUAUCCAUCGUAAGGAAAGCGAAGGCUUUGGCUUUGUCAUCAUCAGCUCCCUCAACCGUCCAGAGACCACAAACACUAUAACUGUGCCACAUAAGAUCGGCCGCAUCAUCGAGGGCAGUCCGGCUGAUCGCAGUGGGAAGCUGAAAGUUGGUGAUCGUAUUAUGGCUGUCAACUGUCAGUCUAUCAUUAACAUGCCUCACGCUGACAUUGUCAAGCUGAUCAAGGACGCUGGACUCACUGUCACCUUGCACAUCAUCCCUGAAGAAGACGUAAACGGUGCUCAUUCGGCCCCUACAUCAGAGAAGCAGAGUCCCAUGGUGGCCCAGAAGCACAGCCCUCAUACUCAGUCCAGCCCAGCAGCCCAGCAGAGCCCGAGCAUGGCUCAUCCCAGCCCACCAGCCCCCCACCCCAGCCCGGCCACCACGCAGUCCAGCCCCCUGCUGAUGGAGCCGGGCCCUGGAGCUCCACACAGCACCCCACCAGUGACUCAAAGCAGCCUGGAGGCCAUGCAGUCAGGCUCAGCGGUGACUCAGGCUGCUUCUGUUGUGGAUCCGGGCAUACCAGGAGCUCAGCCCACCACCAUCGGAUCAGUGCCAGUCCCACCACAGCUGUACCUUCAUGACACCAGGUCGGAGGUAAAAGCCAGGCAGGAUGUUAAACCAGACAUCUGCCAAACUGCAUAUACAGACUACAGACAGCCUCCGGUGGACUACAGACAUCCUCCUGUAGCAGACUACAGACAGCCGCCCACCAUUGAGUACAGACACCCACCUGCUCUCAUAGACUACAGACAGCACUCCAUUGCCGAUUACAGACCACAGGACUAUGACUACUUCACUGUGGAACUGGAGAAAAGUGUGAAGGGAUUUGGCUUUAGUAUCCGCGGAGGACGGGAAUACAAGAUGGACCUGUUUGUGCUGAGACUGGCUGAGGAUGGACCUGCGAUCCGCAACGGCAGAAUGAGGGUUGGAGAUCAGAUUAUUGAAAUUAACGGUGAGAGUACGAGAGACAUGAGUCACGCUCGUGCCAUCGAGCUCAUCAAGUCUGGCGGUCGUCGAGUGCGUCUGCUGUUGAAAAGGGGCACGGGACAGGUGCCAGAAUACGGAAUGGUACCUACCAACCUCACCAUGUGCAUGAAAAGCGACACUCUAGCCUCACCCUGUUUCUUCAUAAUGGGACACUCUAAAGACACGACAGUGCCGCCUCCCGGAGUGCUGUCUCUCCAGCCGCCCCUGCCUUGUCGGAAGUAGUCUCACCCCGCUAGCGUGACACUCGCCCUCCGCCAUCACCCGUCAUCUCAUCCAGCCUCAAACUCUGGACUUUCAGUGGCAUUUUGUGACAGUCUGGACCAAUCACAGCGCCCCUGGUGGUCAGUUUUGUGGGGUUUCGUCCGCAAAACGAAGGGUGGCAGGUCCACCUGUAAGAGCUGUGCUUUGAACAGCCUAAAAAACAGAGGAGAUGGAUCAUUAAAGUCAAAAAUGAUUAAGAACAGAUGGAGACACAUCAACCUCAAAUGGAUUUUCGCAUCCAACUUGCUUUUCAUAUAGUCUCUGAUCCAAGUUUGUUUUUCCGGAUGAUCCAGAUGAACGGCAGCCAAAGACGCGUGGCUCGCCCUCUCGCUGUUUAAUUCUGAGGAAACUUCUCGCAGGGGAACGAGCCGAACUUUCAACGCCUCGUUCUUCCGUCCGGCGGACCCGAGCUCUCUUUAUUUGUUUAUCAUGUAGAGGUUGUUUAUUUUUUGUAUUAUUUCAAGAUGUUCAUACCAAACCCCUAGUGACACAGGGGGUCAAAUAUCGCAAAUAUAUGUGUAGCAUGAAAAGAGAUUUCUGAAGAAACACAAACUUCUGAGUUGAGAACAUUUCAGUAUUGCCUUUCGUUAUAUGUCUGAUGGGAAAAAGUCACCAUAGACAUUGUGAAACACUGACAGUACAUAUAAAGGGAGACCGCCAUGAUGGAGAUGCAAGGGUAGGUAUCACGCCGACCCAUUCGUCCUGAUUUAUGAGAGGGUAAAUGCCACAUCAGUCGCCAAAUCUGCCACAUGGACGUAUCCCUUUAGAUCCCAAGUUUAGUUGAUGAAAUCCACACCCAGCCAAAUGUUCGGAAACAUCGCGAACUGAACCGAAGAAGGACUGUGGAUGUUUUUCGAAACCUCAGUGUGUCAUUGGCCAUGUACUGUGUGCCACCACUGUGGAUUUGGGGUGCCAUCUUACUCCUCACACGCUUCAUUCCCAUAUCUCUGAUGGCUCCAUAGUUCAACAAAGCUAAUUAGUGGACCUGUUUUUCAUGACAGUUUGGUCUGAGACCAGGAGACAGUCUUUCACCGUGUCCUAACCAAGUGCAACAUGACAAAUAAUUUCCCUGUUAGCUCCGAACGUAAAAAUGCUGCAUGAUGCAACAAAGUCACAUCCACUCAGAACUUAUUUGAUAUGUAAUACACAGCAAUGUGGGUUUUGAUAUAAAUAUGGGCGGGGCUACAUACAGAUAAAUUUGGGAUUUAGACCAAUACUAUACAUAUGGGUGGGGCUACAUACAAAUAAAUUAGGAAUUUAGACCAAUACUAUUAAAUAUGGGCGGGGCUACAUACAAAUAAAUUAGGAAUUUAGACCAAUACUAUUAAAUAUGGGUGGGGCUACAUACAAAUAAAUUAGGAAUUUAGACCAAUACUAUAAAUAUGGGCGGGGCUACAUACAAAUAAAUUAGGAAUUUAGACCAAUACUAUUAAAUAUGGGCGGGGCUACAUACAGAAAUUUGGGAUUUGGACCAAUACGAUAUACAUUACAUAGUUAGAAGAUGCAAAAAAAAAGUUUUUGGUAUAGCAGGUAUUGGCCGAUAUUGCUGUUGGUAAAUAUUGGUUAUGUAAUUUUGCAUUUUAAUUGUGAUAUUUAAAAAAGUUAAUUUCCUUUGUUUUUAUAUUUAGAUUACAUUUGCAGUAUUCUUAAAAUUCAAAUGUAAUAACACUCACAAUAAAUAUUUAUUUUUCAUUAUUUAUUUAAACAUUAUAAUUUGUAGCGUUUAAAAUUAUUGUUGUUUUUUUAGCACUUUAUCGGUUAUCCCCUGUAACAUGAAAACAAUUGGCGUAUCAGUAAGUCAGAACUUUAUAUCCUGGUCACUUUGCUCUAUCGUUUCAUCCCGUCACACUUGGUUAAGACACGGUUAAGGUUCGGCUGGGAGCAAAGACAGGGAAAAGGGAUGCUUUUAAAGGAUGUGGGCAUGAUCAGGGUCUCUCUAGCAUGAAUGGGUGGGACCCAGUUGUAUGGGGCAGAGUGCCUUACCGGCAGAACAGAGCAGUAUGAAAUAUGCAUUUUACAUUAAAAAAAUAAAAGCUGAGCUUUUGUUUUUACCUUUGAUUCAAUGUUGACAAACAUUGCCAAUUUUUUUCUGAUGUUAUGAAAAUGUUUUAUUAGUAAAAACUGUAUAAAUAUCAAAACGUCUGAUCUGGCACAUGUGGACAGCGGUAGGAGAAAAUAUUUCAAGAUUUUGUGUUUGUUACGGCAAACAAUGUUCUAUCCGAACCUCCAUCAUUCUUUUUAUUAGAUGGAAGAGUGUUAAUGGGUUUCAUACAGUGAUAGUGAUCAACAGAAACAUUCAUAGUGAUUGAAUCUCACAGUUUUGCCUCUUUUUGUAUUCAUUUUAAUUGUGAAAUUGUCUUUUGCUGCUCUGCACAUGUCAUUCUGCUCACAGGCUGAUAACUGUGCCAAUUCAGUUGUUCUUGAGGCAUGUGGAAUGUAAUUCCAGAGGAUUCCCUGAAACUGCGCCGGGAGCUGCAUUGAAAAAGUCACAUAUCAAUACAAAGCUUAUCACAUUCCUUCUUAAAACUGCAAAAAAAAAAAAAAAAAAAAAUAGUCUUAAUCAGUAUUUUUUCUUGUUUUCCUGUAAAAAUUCAACAUUCUUAAAACAUUUUUUGGAAAAUCAAUUAAAUAGAAUUGACAAUACACCAAACAUUUCUAAGUAUUUUACAAUUAAAUUAAAGUAGUUGCUUUGUUAUUUACAAAAAUGUUUUUUUAACAUGUAUCUUUAAUAAUUUUUCUUUCUUGUUUAAAGCAUAAACCAUAAUUAUGCUUUAAAUAAAAAUAAAUAAAAUAAAAUAAAAUAACAGUUUACUGAUGUGCAAGAAGAAUAAACCCAAUUCAAUUUAUAUUAUCAAGUAAAUUUGUCCUAUUUUAAGGAUGUUUAGGUAAUUUUGGUGAAAAACUAGAAAUUAUUUUCAAAUCUUUUUUUUUUUUUUUUGCAGUUGAAACAAAAUAGUGUAUAUUAGUAAUGUGUGCCACAAUAAGACGCUCCCUGUUCAUAUCUCCCUGAGGGUUUUGUAGCUAGCACAUAAUAAUUGUAGUCUCCAUUGAUUUCCAUCACUGGGUGCAAGUGUGCUAGAUUAAACUGCUGUUUACAUGGAGAGACAGACAGCGAGAAACGGUGAAGGAAAAUGUGGAUGCAUUUAUUGCACAGCUCAUAGCUUUUACAGUUUCAAGCUGUAUCCUGCCUGCUGUGAAAAUAAGACAAAGAAAAAAAAAAGAAAAACCUUUUAUAUUAUUGAGGAAAAUAUUGAAUCUGUUAAAGAUGGCACAUGCCCAUUCAGAUCAAUAUUACUGUCUAGUGUUAGAUGUGUAUUUACCUUGUACAGCUGUACUCCUAUAAAUAUUGUUUAAUGUAUUAUUGAUAGUUUCAAAGACUAAGUGAUCAAAUAUUUUUAUGAAAUGCAACAGUAUGGAUAUAAUACAUUUUGCUAAAAUCUUGUUUACCUGUAUGAUAUUCUGAUAUACUGUUAAAUAAACUCUUGACAAGGUC